CUCUCUCUCUCUAUCCUCUGAUCUCACAAAUUACUGCUCUCUACUGGUUCCCUUUCUCAGGUUGGAACUAAGCAAUGGGAUUAAAGAAACCACCUGAAAAGGAGAACCUACCAGCCUCGACUCCAACCCGAGGGGAUGAUGAUGAUGAUAUUGCAAAUGCCUCCCCAUUAACAUCUUUGCCUCCUGCAAAUAUUAAUGAUCCUAUUCAAUUUGGCAACACCGCGGGGUUUAAUGAAACACACCGUUCAACAAAUGAUUGUAAUAUGACAGAUUCAGAUGAUGACGAGGUGAAGUACUUGGCAGACACUUUACUACAGUUGGAAGGAAUGAUAACCCGAAGAGAAAAUGAUGUUCAGCCUGUUGAUGCUCAGCUUAGCUCUCCAAAAAACAUUGACAAGAGAGUCCAGACAGCUGGAAGGGAAAGAAUCAGAGAACCAUUACAGAAGAGAUCAAGAACUAAACUCGGUACCAAAGAAUUUGCUGGUGAUCUUUCAAGUCCAGCCUCUGGCUCGGGCACCUCAACAUUCUUGGCUAAUGAUGAUGAUGCAGCUAUGCGUAGUAGGCCGAGUGAAAAUUCAUUACCUUUUUCACAGACAGAACAAACUGUAUUUGGUAGCUAUGAGCCUUCUUCUGCAAACAGUGGUAGAAGUUCAGCUCUUGUUGGUCCGACCAGUUCGACAAACAAUCAAAUGUAUUUGCCUCCAGGCUUUCGAGCUCAAGAUGUUGUUGGGCAGACACCAAGCUUCACAAAUAUUGCAGGGAGCAUGCCACCUGGAGUCAUAUAUUCUCACGUUCCCGUGGGUAAUAGAGGUUUACUUGGCCAAAACCAUUUAGCUCAACCAUUUUAUGGAAACAGUACGAGGAACAUGUCACCUCAAUCUUCCAUGUAUUUCCGUACUCCCAUGGCUUAUAGAGGAGGUUUUGCAGCUUUUGCCAGGGGUAAUCAUUUAGGGGGUAGUGGAACACAAGCCUUUCAAGGUGUUCCAUUUUCAUCAAGCAUUCAACCAGUUGUUUCUACAGGUCAGCAGUUCUCUAGUGGUCAAGUUAUGAAUCUGCCCCCAGGCAGUAACUACUUUUCUCAGGGACUGAGAAUCCAGGCUGCAGAAAGCAGUAAUAUCCAACCUGUCAUGAGAAACCAAUUUCCUAUAAGGUUUGGUAUUUCUCAAGCUGAUCUGUUUGGCACCCAGCAAAGCGGUCGUUAUCAGCAAUAUCAGGCUCCAAAUGUUGGGUAUCGUAUGUCAUUUCCAAGCGGUCAAGGAAUUCCUAGUGCAAAUGUUGCUGUAGGAAUUCCUCGGGCUUCUAAUAUCCAUGGCCAUCCACCUCGGGGUUGGUCCAGAGUCCGGCCCCGUUCAAAACUCAUACCUUCUGCUCAUCCUUCAUUGCCUCCUGUGGUUGAGCACGAAAUGCGAGAUUUAGAUUCUACUUCAUCAUCGACGGAUUCAGAUUCUACGCCAUCGCCAGUUUCUGCGCCAUCGCUAGAAUCUAUACCGUCUCUUCAGCCAAGCGGGGAGCAAUGCUGGCUAUGCAAGAGGGAUGUCGCGUUCACUCCAGAUGGCCCGCUGUCUCAGCCUCGUAUGCCACCGGUUGUCGCUGUUCUUCCUUGUCACCAUGUGUUUCAUGCUGAAUGCUUGGAGAAAAUCACACCUAAGGAACAAGCUGAAGAUCCUCCCUGCAUUCCCUGUGUCACUGGUGAACCAUGAAGCUCCUCCUGGUGUUCAUUUUUUUGAAUCAGAUCAGAGUUUUGUGUAUAGUAGCAUCAGAUCAGAUUAGAUUUUUGUGGGUUAUGUGUAAAUCAGCAGCUGGGAGAGCAUGUUGGAAUUGCAGAGAUGUUCUUCUCUAAAGGAGUUGAAAACUAGCAAAUAUGUUGAGAGGGGGUGAAUUGUACUAUUAAAAAUGUAGUAAGAGCAUCCUUAUCAGUGGGGAUAUUUUGCGGUAA